CCCCCUCUCCCUCUCCGUCAGUAAGCUAGCUACGUUCGCCAAAGCUAACGCAGGCAAUAACAACGCGACUGACCGGAGCUUUAAUCACGUUAAUGCCCGGUGAGAAAACAACAACACUGGAUCGUGGGGGGUUCAGGGCCCUUUGCUCCGGUCCAGCAUGGACAGCUUCUUCAAGGCAGCUGUGUGUGACCUUGACAAGCUGCUGGACGACUUUGAGCUCAGUACCGAGGAACAUGAAUGCAAAUCUGUUUUCCUGAAGCCGUCUGUGUACCCGUUCUCCUCUCUGGGCUCCCAGUGUUUAACCUCCGAGGCCUCCGGUGUCCCGCCGACCCUCCCCGACCUUAACUCUCUCCAUUAUGGUUCUACCACCAGCUGUCCCGACGACAGAGAGGUCAAAGGUCAGCCCCUCACGGCAGUGGACCUCCUCUCUUGCGUGGAUCGCAGGCCGGCUCAGAGCUCCGCCCCCCCGUGUCCCGACAGAGCCCUGAAGCCGGUGUGCGACCUCGUGAACGACACCGGCUCGGCCGCCCUGGUCCGGAGCGACAGCCACGAUGCUUUUGGCGAGCUCGACAUGGCGGAGAAGCAAAUGACGGAGGAGGUGGAGGUGGAGGAGGAGGAGGAGGAGGAGGAAGAAGACGACGCGCUGCUUGUGGACUUUGACAGCCCCGUGCUCACCGGGGGGGAGGAGCAACGCGACGACUUCAGGGACGCCGCGGAGGAGCUGGCCCGCGCGGGGAACGGCGAGCUGCUGGACUUGGACGCCCACGAGCAGAGCGGUGGAUUCUCCGGCUCGCUCAGCCUGCUGGACGUCAUCCUCCCCGCCGCGGUGGAGAGGAGCUGCGAGUCCACGGAGGAUUCGGAGUCGCCGCGGGACGCCGAGUCCGCCGAGAAAGAGGAGAGGAACUGUGAGGACCACGUGGUCGAUGACCGCCAUGACCCGGAGGCCCCUCUCUCUGCUGUUGUUGGCAUCAAAGAAACAACAACAACAACAACCUUGGCGAACGCAGAGUCGCAAGAAGCCUCGGACGAAGAGGAGCCAGAGUCCUCCGUCGGCUUGAAGUCGUGCCUGCCCAUCGCCGUGUCCAUGUGCCGAGCUCUGGUGAGCGCGGCGACCGCAGGGGAGGAGUCGAGGCCAGCGGCGGAGUCGCGUGAGGAGGUGGCGGACGCCUCCGAGAGCACCGAGGCCGACUCCGUGCCGGCUUCGGAAGCCAAGUCCCGUUUAGAGGACCGUAGAGGACUCGUCCGCGAGCUGCCGGGACCGCGGGACGAGUCCUCUACGGGACGGGCGUCACCAGAGGGGCAGCGUCUCGCUCUCGAACCGGCCGCCUCCGCCGCGGUCCCCCCUGCGGACCUCGCCCCCCCUGAUCGCUCGGAACCAAGCCCGGUCGACUCCCCCGAGUUCGGCUUCGAGUACUUGCCCGAGAGCGACCAGGCCGAUCUGCUGGUCACGGACGAGGAGCUGGACGCCUUCUUGCAGGCGCACAUGGAGGCUCAUCCCGAUAGUCUCCCGGAGUCCGACGGAGAUCCGGAGGGCCGGGAGCCGAGGAGCUGCGGUAGAGAGAGAGUCGAGGACCUGGCUUCUCCAGAGAGCGACAGAACAAUGUGCGCGUCUGCGGCGGGGAGCUUUAACCCCGGUGCCCCGUCGCAGGACUCUUGCAGGCCUCCUUGCCAAGAAGAGCCAGAACUAAACCAUUCUUUGACCGGCAACUCUUUCCAGCCCCAACUCAGCGGCAGCCUCGAUCAGCCGCCCUCCUACGGAGGUGCAAGACCUAAACGGCUACAAUGCCAAACCGCCAGAUCUCCACCAGUGGGGGAGGAAGACGAGGAGGAGCCGGCUCGGACGCUCGGCACAGCCGAGGAUGAGGAAGACAGUUCGCCCUCGAGUCUCACAGACGAGCAUCCCAACAUCAGGGAUUUGAGCCCCAUGUGCGCCUCUCAGGAGCAUCGGGAUUACAGCGUCGGGUACGACGAACUCUCGGAGCCCCCUGCGUACCCCGGGGAGUCGCCCACGGACGAAGCCAGGCCGGCGAACUGGAAGAGAGAGGGAGCGGAGGAGCUGGGUAGCAGGCAGCCCGAGUGGGUGCCCGACUCUGAAGCUCCCAACUGCAUGAACUGCUACCAGAGGUUCACGUUCACCAAGAGGCGGCAUCACUGUCGAGCCUGCGGGAAGGUGUACUGUGCGGUGUGCUGCAGCAGGAAGUGUAAGCUCAAGUACCUCGAGAAGGAGGCUCGCGUGUGCGUCGUCUGCUUCGACACCAUCCACCGAGCCCAGGCCCUGGAGCGGAUGAUGAGUCCUGCAGGUCCCAGUCCAAACCCCAACGUCCCAUCUGAGUACUGCAGCACCAUCCCCCCUCUGCAGCAGGCUCGAGCCGCCGGCACUCUUAACUCCCCUCCGCCCACCGUCAUGGUGCCUGUGUCCGUUCUCAAACACCCAAACAAUGACAGUUGUCCUCGGGAACAGAAGCGCGUGUGGUUCGCUGACGGCAUCUUGCCCAACGGGGAGGUGGCGGACACGACCAAGCUGUCGGUGACGAGCCGCCGCAGCUCGCAGGAGCUCAGCGCCGGCUCUCCUGACCAAUCGCCGGGGUCGGAGGUCGAAGUCGAUGGCUCCUCGGCCCCCGACUCUUCCGGGGUGGUGGAGGUGGUGCGCCCCCCUGUGUCCGGGCCCUGGGACUACGCCCUGCUCUCUGGAGUCGGUACCUGUGUGACGAGGGUCCCCAGCCUGCUGCCGGACAACGAGGGCGACCUCCCUCCUCUGCUCAUCGCCACCGGGGACGACGAGGCGGGAGAUGUUUUGGUGGAGGAAAGCCCCGCCCCCUGCCAGAUCCUGCACCUAUUGGAGGAGGGAGGACCUCGACCGCUGACGUUUGUUCUGAACGCCAACCUGCUGGUCAACGUCAAGCUGGUGACCUACUCCAGUCGUCAGUGCUGGUGCUUCGGCUCCAACGGGCUCCAGGCUCUGGGGCAGCGUGAGCUGGUGUUUCUGUUGGAGUGUUUGCCGGAAGAGAAAUCUCUCCCUAAAGACCUCUUCACGCUUUACCUCAACAUCUACCAAGAAGCCCAGAAAGGGAAGCUCUUGGAGGAGCUGGACAACGUGACGUUCACCAGCAGCUUCCUGGGCAGCAAGGACCACGCCGGCAUGCUGUUCUUCUCCCCCAGCUGCCAGCCUCUGGACGGGCUCUCGCUGCCCCCCCAGCCCUUCAUGUUCGGCCUGCUGGUCCAGAAGCUGGAGGUCCCGUGGGCCAAAGUCUUCCCCCUGCGGCUGCUGCUGCGGCUGGGAGCCGAAUACAACGUUUAUCCCACCACGCUGACGAGCGUCCGUUUUCGGGACUCCGUGUACCGAGAGACGGGACACACCAUCAUGAACCUGCUGGCCGACCUGAGGAACUACCAGUACAGUCUGUCGGUGGUGGAGGGCCUGAGGAUCCACAUGGAGAUGGGCCACAGCUACAUCGACAUCCCCAAACGCAGCUUCAACGAGAUGCAGAAGGUGGUGAACGCGUCCAACGAGCACGUCAUCAGCAUCGGGGCGCGCUUCAGCUCGGAGGCCGACUCCCACCUGGUGUGUUUCCAGGGCGACGAGGGGAACUACCAGACCCAGGCCAGCAGCAAGCCGGGCAAGACCCGCACAGUCACCGGGGCCAGUUUUGUGGUGUUCAACGGGGCCCUGAAGGCGUCUUCAGGCUUCAUCGCCAAGUCCAGCAUUGUUGAGGACGGGUUGAUGGUUCAAAUCCCUCCCGACACCAUGGAGGCUCUGCGCGCCGCCUUGAGGGAGCAGACGGACUUCGUCAUCCCGUGUGGACGCAACGACGGAGGAGAGCUGCGGGAGAACGUCAGCGUCCGCUGGGUCGACCUGAGCUCCCCCGUCAACACGGGCAGAACCAGCGGGGUUGACGGGAGACCUCUGGACGGCGUCCGCAGUGUGAGGGUGCAGCAGGACACGGAGUUCGAGUCGGACGGACGCGCCAUCCGAUGCACCGAGGUCUUCUACCAGCUGAAGAGCCCCGCCUGCAGCCUGGAGUCGGUGCUGUCGUCCUGCGGCGUGUUCCAGAAGGAGAUGGCGUUGGCCGCCUGCGGCGCUCUGACGCCUCACCUCGCCGUCCUGGCGUCCAGCGGCAUCAACUCGCUGUCGCUCCGCAUCUCCACGCAGGCCGACAUGGUGGAGUACCAGGCCGGCUCCGGAGGCCGCCUCCUCCCUCAGCGCUACAUGAACGAGCUGGACGGCGCUCUGAUCCCCGUCAUCCACGGAGGCGGCGCCAGCGUGCCGCAGACCGCCAUGGACAUGGAGUUCCUCCUCUACAUCACGCACACCAUCUAGCGCCACGAACCAGGGCGGUGUUUAGAGACGGCGAGAGAGACGGCGAGAGAGACGGCGAGAGAGACGCCGUGGACGUUUCGGGCCGACGCUGCAGCUCAUUUAUUUGCACAGUUGGACGAAGCUGCUGGUCGUGAAAAAAAAAAAAAAAGGACGAGCGGCGGCGGCGGCGGCGGCGGCGGCGGCGGCGUUCCCACUCUGAGGUUUGGGGAUGUUUCCACGGAGAUGUAAACUGACAGGAUUCUCAGUUGGGUUUUUCUUCUCUUUUUUUUUUUUUGCCCUCACCAAAGCUGCUUUAACACAAGAAGCCAAACACUAAACCAGGAUUACGACCAAAUACAACCAAACCGCUUCUUCUUCUUCUUCUUCUUCUUCUUCUUCUUCUUCUGCUGCUCCUCAGUGAAUGUCCCCCCCCCACCCCCCCUCACCGACGCUCUGCCGAAACGUCUCUCAUCUGGAUGUAUUUAUUAUAUUUUAAUACGGCUUAUUGAAUGAAAUGAUAUUAAAAGCAAAGGGGCCGUCGUUACCGGCUGCAGUAUUCGGUGCUUCAACUCGUGGUGCAAAAAAAAAAAAAUAUAUACAUUUAGUUUUCUUCUCACGACGUAACGAUGGUUCGGAGAACGUCGCCGGGCGGGAACGUGUCGUUUUAACGGGAUGUUCUGCUCGCGCGAUUUAACUAUAAAAAAAAAAAAAGUCGGCGAACUCGUCUCGGUUUUCGACCUCGAAGUCGCGUGUGAAUGGAGUCCGGCGUCACCGCGACAGAACUCGUGACUCGUGUUUUCUGGCUCGAGGCCCGUUUUUUUUUUUAUGCUCGACGUCGGCCAUCUUGAACUUCCUCUUCAGCGCGCGAAUGUGCCGGCUGCGUUUCAGACGACGGAAGUAAUGAAACUCGACUUCCUUUUCUGCCGUUUCCGUUCCUUGUUUCCUUUCCUUGUUUCCGUUUCUUGUUUCCUUUCCUAGUUUCUUUCCUAGUUUCUUUCCUUGUUUCCUUUCCUAGUUUCUUUCCUAGUUUCUUUCCUUGUUUCCUUUCCUUGUUUCCGUUUCUUGUUUCCUUUCCUAGUUUCUUUCCUAGUUUCUUUCCUUGUUUCCUUUCCUUGUUUCCUUUCCUUUCUGCGUGCCAGCUGCUGCUUCACGAGCAGCGCGGCGUCCUCUGGCAUUGCCGACUUUGCAUUUCAGCUCCAUACCAAGGAUUUUAUUUUACGUCGGAAGAUUUUACGCUUCAGUUUUUUUUUUUUUAGAUGAGAUGAGAUUUUGCACAGCUGGAGAGAACUUUACGGUUUAUAGACCACAACGUUUUCUUUUUGUAUCAUUCCUAAGAUUUAGAGAUCAGAAUAUUUGCUUUUCAUUUUCUGAGCGCACGAGAGACCGCAAACCAAUUAUGAAACCAUUCAUAGACACGGGAUGUGAUCAGCGUCGACAGGACGUAGACCACGUCGGCAGGAUGUAGACUACAGGAUGUAGACUACAGGACGUAGACGUAGUCGACAGGGCGUAGACUACAGGUCGUAGACUAAAGGACAUGGACCACGUCGGCAGGACAUAUACUACAGGAUGUAGACUACAGGACAAAGACCACUGCAGGAUGUAGACUACUGAACGUAGACUAUGUCGGCAAGACGUAGACUAAAGGACAUGGACCACGUCGGCAGGACAUAUACUACAGGAUGUAGACUACAGGACAUAGACCACUGCAGGAUGUAGACUACAGGACGUAGACUAUGUCGGCAAGACGUAGACUACAGGACAUAGACCAUGUUGGCAGGAUGUAGACUACAAGACGUAGACUACAGAACGUAGACUACAUGAUGUAGACUACGUCGGCAGGACAUAGACUAUGUCGGCAAGACGUAGACUACAGGACGUAGACCAUGUUGGCAGGAUGUAGACUACAAGACGUAGACUACAGAACGUAGACUACAUUAUGUAGACUACGUCGGCAGGACGUAGACUACGUCAGCAGGAUGUAGACGACAGUACGUAGACUACAGGACGUAGACUACAGGGCGGCGUCGGCAGGACAAAAUGAACAAUGUUUCGGGGAAGAAACGAUCGAUUCGUCAGAUCUUCAACAUGAAUCACAAACGGGAGAAAAAUGAGAAAUAUUUUGGGAGCCUGUAGUUCAACCAUAUGCAGUCACACACACACACACACACACACACACACGAAGGGAGGUCUACGUGUCUCCACAGCUGUGCAAACGACCUCAAAAGAAAUGCUCAGAAGGUUUCAGGACAUCUGGGUUUUCUCGCCUCGUUUCAUUAUUUAAACUUUUGGAAACAGAAUAAUUUAACAUAUUUUCCUCCGUAUUAUAUGUCGAUCAGGGCAGAAACAUUUGUGGAGGUCAAUUAUUAUAUUUUCUCUGUAUGAUCAAAACAUUUAAACUUUGACAAAGUUUUCUUUUUUCUGUGUAAAUCAUCUAUUUAUUCAUGAACACCAGCUUUUAUUUGGGGAACCUGGUAUCUGGGUCCUAAUCGUCCGGUCUAUAAUAACUCCAGUAUUUAAAGAAUAAAAUGAGUUUUAUGACA